UCUUAUUGUGCUUCCAGUAUAGGAUCUGAUGUUUUAGAGGAUAAGGAUAUUAACUAUUCAUUACAAGUCCCUUAAAACCAUAAGAUAUCCCGUACAGUUUUGUCUGUCUCCCAGCAUACAUUUAAUUUGCAUUCUGCAGCAUAUGGCUUUUGUUCCCGAUAUUCUAUGGUCAUUAUGUUGGCCAUGAAUAUUACCAACUCAAGUUGGGAUAAAAUACUUUUUAUCCUAUUUCUUUUCUCCCUACCCUUCUUAUUAUUAUUUUUCUUCUUCUGUUGUUAUUGUUGUAAUUCUCUAUCGUAAGAAGACAAAAUCAAAAACAUGAUUUUGUUAACACGUCACCCCGGUGAUAAUUGCUUAUGUAUCGCCUGAAUAAUUGGCUGUUACUGUCUUAGAAGGUGUCAUCAUGAUUAUUUUACCACUUGGCGCAUCUCUUUCACGGCCACACUGACGUCAACCUUGUACCAAGACUACCGUAUUCUUCUGAACAUUUGCGACAGCAUUGCAAAUAACUGCUGUUUUUCUUCGUUUUACCAAGUACUGAAAUAGUUUUGCACUAAAGCUAUACGAAUAUAAGAUAAAUACGUAAGAAUAAAUGUUAAUGUUCGACUAUUGCCUCAGCAAUAGAUGCACAGGUCCACCAAUAGCACUGCACUAAAUUACGUGCGCGUGUAAUACUGGUAAACUACAUCUGAGCGCCGCAGUCGGCAGUCUCGUGUUUAUUUGUUGCUGUGAGGAAUUGUGGCGACACCGCUACUGUCCAAGACCCAUCCACUGUCGGGCACUGGAUAGCCAGGUACUUUGCAUUUUAAUACAGUUCUUUAAUUCAAUUCUUUGACACGCAUCUUCUGUCGUAGCAUUAAUACGUGGUCUUUCUGUCUGCUGAGGAGGACUCUGCCUUAAGUGUUGACACGGCUCUAACGGGUGUCAUUGGAUAUAUUACAGAGGUGCAUUACUUUACGAAGCUAACCAAGUAACGUUAGCUACCCUUUCCUUUCAGUUAACGAUUUAAGGUGUUAUAUAUAUUGAUAAAUCGGUGUUCAUGCCGGAUUUCGAGCAUUUCAGAUUUUCUCACAGAAGAAUGAAUCCUUUACUCGGGGAGAGCGUGUAUUCGCUACAGCAUCAGCAGCAGAAUCAGUUAUCAGGUCUAUCAGAGUCAUCGACUACGGGCUUCAUGCCCGACUCAUUUUACGGUGCCCAUGACUCGAACCUUUUCUUGGGCGAGUACCCUGGGGUGGCACCGGACAGUUUUUCCGGUGUGCCGCCCACAGGGCUUGCAUACUUGCACCAUAACAACAGCCUUCAUCGCGCGCCACCACCUGCACCUGCCGCCAUGGCACUGCGUAAUGACCUGGGGUCCAACAUAAGCGUCCUGAAGACCCUCAAUUUGCGUUUCCGCUGCUUCUUGGCAAAGGUUCAUGAGCUUGAGCGUCGAAAUAAGGCUCUGGAGAAACAGCUCCAGCAAGCGCUGGACUCUCACAACGAGACUGGGGGAAUGGGGAGAAGGCCACUGACUCGAGAUGUCGGUGUUCAAACGGGGUUUGUUGGGCCCAUACCGCCUAGGCCAGAUUUCAUCCCUCUCCAAAAUGCAACCAACGCAGCCUAUUUGACCGGGAGCCUGUUGUCCCCCUCUCUGAACACAGCAGCCACUUUUGAGCCAGAUCUGAAACCAACCAUGGGGAUUUUAUAUCCCUCCAUCACAGACUCCAACUUCAACUUCAACUCCAACAUAACCAUCAGUCCAGCUACUCCAACUGAUCCACUCAAGACCACAUCCAACAUAAACGAGAGAUUUGUGAGUAUCGGAACUACCACAUGCAACAACCCUCCACCCAGGUUCCUACCUGGAAAUAUUUGGUCCUACAACCAUGCACGGAGGUACCCAGGUACCGGCAAAGAGACUCGGACAGUGGGGCCUGGGGUGUCAUGGAUGCAGCCAGAUGGAGUAGGCGUGCAGAUUGACACCAUCACACCAGAGAUUCGUGCACUGUACAACGUGUUGGCCAAAGUCAAGCGAGAGAGAGACGAAUAUAAACGCAGGUGGGAGGAGGAGUACACAGUGAGAGUGGACCUCCAGGAAAAGCUUGGAGAGCUGGAGGAGGACCUCCAAGAGAGUGAAGUGUGUCAGGAUGAGAUGGCCCUGAGAGUGAAACAGUUGACGGCUGAGCUGGUGCUCUUCAAAGGCCUGAUGAGUAAUGACCUGUCUGACCUGGACAGCAAGAUUCAGGAGAAGGCGAUGAAGGUGGACAUGGAUAUAUGCCGCCGGAUUGACAUCACAGCUCGCCUGUGUGACGUCGCUCAUCAGAGGAACUGUGAGGAUAUGAUCGAGAUCUUCCAGGUGGCCACUCCCCCAUCCACACUCCGUCGCCCAAGGAAGCAGACGCAAGUCAGGGGAAACGAGGGCGACGAGUCAAUCAGCCUCUCUGAGAGCGAGGACGGAGGGAAGGAAGUAGAGUCUUGCACGUCAGCCAAUCAGAUCAAUGAAGAGAUGCAGAGGAUGCUCAAUCAACUGCGGGACUGUGAAUUUGACGAUGACUGCGACAGCCUGGCCUGGGAGGAGACAGAGGAGACUCUGCUGCUGUGGGAAGACUUCCCAGGAUGCACCCUGGCAAUGGACACCCAGGGCGAUGUGGUUCCUCAAGACGAAUCCAUCGAGAAAGUGAUCAAGGACACGGAGUGCCUGUUUAAGUCCCGAGAGAAGGAGUACCAGGAGACCAUAGACCAGAUUGAGGAGGACCUGGCUACAGCUAAGUCUGACAUGAACAGACAUCUGCAUGAAUACAUGGAGAUGUGCAGCAUGAAGAGAGGCCUGGACGUGCAGAUGGAGACCUGCAGGAGACUCAUCACUCAGACUGGAGACAGGAAGUCCCCUCUUCCGAUAUCAGUGGCAGUGGAAGAGGCCGAUGACGGUAAAAAGGAGAGGCGAAAGGCCCCGCUCCCAGCCGAUUCUGGAGGUGACGACCACCGCCCUCCAGGAUCUCACCUGGAAAAAACCCUAACCUCAGCCUCAAGCUCGACAUCAACCCAAACCUCCCCACAUGUGUUUACAUAACCACUGAUUGGCUAGAUGGCAAAGGCCUCUGCUUCAAUGGUUAACUGAAUCUGGUCGCUUUGUCUCAUUAUAAUCAAUGCUUCCCUCUACUGGAUGAGAGUCGUACUGCCAAUAUUCAAAAAGAAAAAAGAAAUCUGAUUCCAUGACACAAUGGCACUUUUGAAGACAUAAAACAUAGGGGCUAUUUGUACUAAAAAAUACAUACCAGUACAAGUCAAAUAAAAAAAAUGUUCAUGGGAACAAAAUAAGAGCUUUUAAUCAAAACUUCAGUGAUGCUUUUUUUGCAUUUUAACUUAAUUUUAGUGUCCUGAAGUGAAACAAACAGCAAGACAAAUAACUAUAAAUCAAAAAGCACUUACAUUCAUUACUUCUUUACUUAGUUAGUUGGUUGCGCAAUACAAUCACUAAUAGAAGAGGCAGUGGUGACCUCUCUUACAUCCCAGCUCUGGCUCCACUGAGGGAUCGGCAUCACGGGGGACCUAUGGGUCAAACUGUGACCCGCAGAUUUAUUAUACAAGAAAUGAAAUCUUCAAAAAUCCUUAGUCAAAGCCAUGCUCCAAAAGAUAUUCUAAACAAGAACACAAACCUGUCACUAGUCUAGGGUUUCAUAUGUCUUUAAUCUUCUCAUGUGAGGAAACUCCAUUGAAGAAGCCUUACUGAAUGAGAACAUAUUACAUUCCCUCAUCGGAAGAUUCCCUUUCUUACCAGGGCAAGACCCACUGCAAGUUAUGUAAAUAAUAAGAAGGCACUGUCCUCAGAAGUCAUACCUCACCUCAGUCUUUAGUAAUAUAGUACAGAUACAUCAGUAAAGACCACUGCAAAAAUUCUUGUAACUGGUCAACUAUCGGCAGAUACCGUAUCUUUAGUUCCCAUCAACCUUUCUAAACAAAGUCCAAGGAAUGGCAGCCUGAUGUCAAAUGUACAGUUUAAGCUUUGUUGUCAUCAGAUGUAAUUCGACACUUCGGUGUAGGGUUUCAUUAAAUCUUUAAACAAAGUCUUUAUUUACCUUACUCAAAAACAUGUCAUGGAAAAUAGGUUUUCUGUUUUUUCAAAAUAUCUUGGCUUAAGUUGCUUUUUUUUUUAAGCAUUAGAAGCACACACACAGAGAGUUUAUAUCCUGAUCUUCAGCAUAUAUUGGGAUUCUGAAUGACUAAAAUUGAUUCUGCUAUUGAGCCCAGUUAUAGUGUCAGCCUAUUUAGCUUUAAUUUAUCAGUAUAGCUAUUGUAAAAUCCUACAUAGACCAACAUUCAGCGUUUAUGACCAGUGUUAUCGCCUCCGGUGCAAGUGAGGUUUUUAGUUUUUAAAAGCCUGUUAUUAUAUAUUUGAUUUUAUCUUUUAAACAGCCUUGAAUCAUUAUUUUUUUUUCAGAUACUGUAAGUUUAUGUCGCCUCUGCGAGGAGCUCUUUGAAGGAGUAUGUACAUAGGCAGAGAUAAACAACUCUGCAUCAUUUAGCUGAUAACAAAGACAAAUAUUUUUGCGCAAAUUAGUGUCGAGAGAUGGCGAGAAAAAUAAAUACUUAAAAUGCUUAAAACAAAAGAUAGGCAUUUGGAUGAGCGAGAAAAAAAAGAUGUGCCUCAGUAUUGCUCAGUAAGACUGCAGUUAAGACAGAUACAGAAAAAAAAUGAAAGCUUUGUCAGAAUUAUGACUAAUGAUUAAGAUUUCAUCAUGCUACCAUAACCAACCACACGGCUACCACUACCCAUCCUUUCAUAAUGUACAGUAAUGCAGUCUUUAAACCACUCUCUCAAAAUAUUUAACUGUAAAUGACAAUAUAGAAAUAACUUAUAUUUAACUCAGAAAGGAAACAUUAAAUUACAGUGAAGUGAAAAGGAAAAAGAAGAGAAGCGGUUAUAUGUGUUAAGUCUAAGACUGAAGCUAAUAUUGAAUGUCUGCCAAAUACGCUGUACUGGAACAUAUCAACUAGACCGGUACAACUUGACCUGUCUUUAAGUGUGGGUGCUGAAGACAUGAGCCUUACUUUUCAAUCCCUCAAGGAUUCGUUGAGUAAAGACUGGGUUGUGUUCGUGAACGAAAGCAAUGCAGAACAAAGACCUGUUAUUGAGUGAAGACAACACUAUGUAGUUGGACACAGAUGUGAAGGGAAAGCUUUCCUUCGACAUAGUGUAACAUCUGUGAGAUUGAAUAGCCCCUGUUGAUUGCUUGUUUCUGUUCUGUGUUGAGAAUAAAUGAUUUUACCGAAACAUUC